UCGGAGGCUGCGUCAUGCGCGAGGGGGACGCUCCGCGGCGCGUUCGGUGACGGAUCAUCGCGCUCUCCGGUGUGUGGCGCAUCUGCCGGUCACACCGCACAAUGACGCCGUAGGGAGCGCCUUUUCGCCCGUCCUUUCAUUGUUCCUCUCGCGUCCGCUUGUUGAUGGAGAUGGACGCGUCCGCGGCGAAGAGGGGCGCGCCGGUGCCGGACAUCUGCCCGCUGGACCGAUACGACCCCACCCGAGCCAAGACCCGCGCCGGAGUGCGCUGGCUGCUCGACCGGAGCCGCGGACCUGAAGAAGAGAGUCUGAAGGAGGACGGAGGCGUCUGUCCCGCUCUGGAGCGCCUCCUGCUGUCCGGCGAUCUGUACUGCAGAGUGUUUUCCUCUCGCGCUCUGUCCGGCGUCACAGCGCCACCUAGAGACCUCAGCUCUCUGCUGCAGCUCCUCAGCCGGUAUGACCUGAUCCCGCUCCACACGGACCAGCAGAAGCCGGUCGAUGAGACGCAGCUCAGCCAGAAACCCAUUAACAUGGGGGCCCAUCUGGCCGUGAUUGAUUCUCUGAUGUCACUGAGCACAAUGGAAACCGUGGGUCAGGUUAAGAUGACAAAGGAGACGGAUCAGUUCGGGUCCAACAGGAGCUGGGAGAACGCACUGCUCUUCUGGAUCAACAAGGUGAAUCAGAAGUUGCGAGAAAGCGCUAAUGUUGAAGAUAAUCCGAAGCCAAACCCCUGCACGGACCUGCAGCCGGCUCAGCCAUCUUGCCCGCAGCGCUGGUACUGGAAACUGGUCCCACAUGCCAUCGCAUUUUGUUUGAAGGAGUCGGGGAAUAAGCCUCCUGUGAUCCGUUACAGGAAAGAUAAGGUUCAGUCUAAACAGACUCCGGUGUUUGUGGUGAUUUCUGGAGUGAAGGAUUUGUCUAACGGCUGCGCCAUCGCUGCUGCAAUUCACUUCUACUGUCCUCAGAUUCUGCCCCUGGAGGAUGUGUGUUUGAAGGACACCAUGUCCGUGGCAGACAGUAUGUACAAUCUCCAGCUGAUUACAGAGUUUUGUGAAAGUCACCUAAAGAGCUGCUGCCCCCUACAACUGGAGGAUUUACUGUAUGCCCCGCCCACUUUACAGGUGAACAUUAUGUGCUUCCUUUCGGAGCUGUUUGCAACGUUCGAAGUGCAGAAACCAGACUUUGUCAAACCCAAACACACACUGGACCUUACAGAUGCAUCAGAUCUGGUCGACUGCACAAGUCCGAUCAGUGGCAACAGCAACUGUGGAGCUCCAUCUUUCCUUCUGAAGCAGUCGCUCCUGCCUCAGUCCUCUUCUGUGUCUGAAGGACGGGGCUGGAGCAAAAAGCAAAUUAGCCGUCCUCUCUCUGCCGUGGCCUUCAGCAUCCCAUUCCCACUGGACAGUGAUGUUGAUGUAGUUAUGGGCAAUCCUCUCUUCCGUUCCGUCAGCACAGACAGCCUCACGAUGGUAACCAACCCUGGUCCUUACACGCCCCCAGAGGAUCUGAGUAAACUCAUUGGUCACGCUCCUCUAGGAGAGUUACCUACCAUAGAAGAAGCAUUUCAGAUUUUUCAUACUGCCCGUCCAGUACACAAUGAACCCCGGCUGCGGCCAGAGGGAGCGCCAUCUGGCUUUUACCUCCACUUCCCUGAGGGGGGUGAAGCCCGACUGAGCAGCUCUGCCCCCUGCCGGUCAGGGAUGAUGUAUCGACCAAUUGGAGGAGGGCCUGAUACCUGCGGGAACCGCAAACGACAACCUGUUGGUUCACAAGAAAACCAUGAAGGUUUAGAGUGCGACACGCCUGAAGACUCUCCCAAAACCUCCUCCAGCCCAGCCAACGGGCCAAAGACUGGUCGCAUGACAAACUUUGCUGAACGCAGGAAGAAGAUGCCAGAAUCCCCAAGUAACUCCAAGUCCCAGGAAGUGGAGUCGUUGUUGAGCCCUGCAAUGAUGAGCCCCGUUGGGGCAGUGGAGGCGCAGGAGCUAGGUACACGUCUGGAAGAGAAACGUAGAGCUAUCGAAGCUCAAAAGAGGCGGAUCGAGGCCAUCUUCACCAAGCACAGGCAGAGGCUGGGCAAGACUGCCUUCCUUCAACUCCAGAAGAAACAGGGGGAAGAACUGGAAGAUGAUGGACAGUCCCUCACUCUGGAUGAACGACUGACACGAAUGGAGCAGCAGCUCCAACAAGAGGAGGACAAAGAGAAGGAGGAGGAAAAAAAGAAAAAGGAGGAGGAGAAGAAAGAAAAUGAUGGAGAGCAGAAGAAGUUGGAGAACGCUGGUGAUGUAGUAGCUCCACCUAAACUGGAGAAACAGGUUACCUUCUCUGUUGAAACGAAGAACGAGGAGGAGCCACCAUUGGUGGAAUAUAAUGAGGCAGUAGCCAAGCUAACCUCCACCCUACAGUCCCUACAAAGGGACAUGCAACGCCUUACAGAACAGCAGCAAAAGCUCAUGGGAAAGAAAACUCUGAGUUCUCCGAAAAACACCCCCUCAAAUAAGACACCUAGCUCCAGCAAGGCCUGGGUCAUCCAGGCUGGUUCCAAAUCCCCUGCUACACCGCCUCAUCUUUCUAGAGAGUCCACCCAUAUCAUUUCACCCUCUGGAUCUCCAUCACGCUCCGGACAACUUUCUGACACACUUAGAUCCCCUAAAAGUUCAGCAGCAUCUGCUCCACGCAAAUCCCGUGGUGCUGCUCCCAAGAGCCCCAAACGGCAACGUCCCUCCCGCCCCACAGACCUCGGUUUCCAGCCCCUCACACGUGUCCUUACUCCCCCACAGAACGUGGACACGCUUCCCCAUCUGCGGCGAGUCUCUCCGAGCCAAUGCCAGGUGCAGACCUGCUCCUCGCUGCGACUUGGUGGUCCAUGCACGCCCCAGGACUCUCCACUGCAACCUGCUCCGCCUCAAGAGAGCACCUCAGAAUCUGGCUCCAGCGAUCAUCACACCCCGAUCUUCAACCUGGAGCUGGAGGCUGGACCUCCUUCUGCACUCCCAGCUGAAUUGUUGGGAGGUGGGAAUAGCUCAGGAGCCCCGUCAGAGUGCUCAUUUGAAAGCGACAUGCUGCUUAGCAGCGCCCUGGUGAAAGAUGAGACAGAGGGUGCGGGGACAGUGGGAGAUGACACUGAUCUGGAACAGGGUGCAGAAAUAUUCUCAUCAGAUUCCAUGAGCGACCAGACAGAGAAUGAGAGCAAGAUGGGACUCGAUGUGUUCUUCAAGGAGGAGGGUCUUUCAGAGGAGGAGAUGGCCCAGAAAAGAGCUCAGCUGUUGGAGCGGCAGCAAAGACGUGCUCAAGAGAUCAAGAAACGUGCAAGACAUGGGCAAGACCCUGAGAACAGUCAACAGGCUUCUCUGGAUGACCUGCGACCUUCUCAAACUCCGCUGCUUUCACAGUCGCUGCCUACUUCAUACACCCCACCCCCUCCAUCAAAAGCCACGCCCCCAGGAACGCCCAUGCGGCGAGGAGCGUUCACCAGGGCAGAGUAUGAAAUGCGUCAUCAGUUGAAGAUAAUGGCUGAUCUAGGGAAAGUUCUCAAACAGAAACCAGCAAAGCACAGCGGCAAAAAACAACAUGCACACAAACCGCACAACAACCAUGAACUUACUCACACACGCUCACCGGGGAAGAACAAAACAGUUGUCAUUAACAAGAAAGGUGGCACAUCUCUAUCAGCUGAAAAGCCAGCAAGUUGUUCAGAGUCGCCCUCAAAGGUGAUGUCAUCAGGGCAGUUGGCUAAUCAGAAUGGGGGAAAAGACUGGGAACAUGCCUCCAAUGCCUCCUCUCCAGCCUCACUCCCAGAAUACACAGGUCCUAAAUUAUUUAAGGAACCCAGUUUUAAAUCCAACAAGUUCAUCAUUCACAACGCGCUCUCACGCUGCUGCCUUGCUGGCAAAGUCAAUGAAUCCCAGAAAAACAAGAUCAUAGAGGAGAUGGAGAAAAGCUCCGCCAGUCACUUCCUGAUUCUCCUGCGUGAUUCCAACUGUCAGUUCCGUGCCAUCUACACCCUAGACGGCCAGUCGGAGGAGCUGCAUCGACUCUGCGGCGUCGGCCCGCGUGUCAUUUCUUCGGCAGCUGUGGAGGCCAUUUAUAAAUACAGCUCCGACAGGAAACAGUUCAAUACACUUCCAUCUCAUACCCUGAGCAUGAGCGUGGACGCUUUCACUAUCCCCGCCCAUCUCUGGCACACUAAGAAACAUGGCACGCCCAAAAAAGUAGCCACACCCAAAUAGGCUCCGCCUACUCAAAAUAAACCACUUCUGCUGAGAUAAACUGCUCCCACUUAAAUAAGCCACACCUACCUGAAUAAACCCCUCCCAUUUACAAAACUAGCCACACCGAAAUAGACUACCCACUCAAAAUAAACCAUUCCUGAUGAGAAAAAUCCCUCCUGCCCACACAAGUAACCCCGCCCACUCAAAAUAACCGCACCCUCCUAGAUAAACAUGCUGCAUUCACACCAUGUCAUAAUUACGCUAAUUUUGAGAUGACAAAACGUGACAUUCUAAUUGAAGCUGUUCACGUUCUUGGACUCGGAAUUAUGCAUUUCCAUGGCAACACUAUCAACAUCUAAACAUGAAUCUGAGGGGGUGAGGUGGUACAGUGGCCAUAUCGUAGCUCUUAGAAAAUUCCCCAUUUAUAAGUCGUAAUUACACGUUCUAUGAGGAUGUGAAUGCUUUUACAAGUUGGUAUCUUGUAAUUAAAACAUGACAUGAAUGUUCCUAAGCUACUCUCUCUGGAAUAAACUCCCAAUAACACUCACCAAUAAUAAACCCUCCUGCUCAAAUCAUCCUGCUCUACUCAAAUAAACCCACUAUAAGUGCCAUUCCUUUAAAUAAACGUCUUACCAGCACUAAACCGACAACACAAACUCUCUCUAUAAUGAAGCGAGUUGAGUUAACCGUUUAUGAUCAACCAGAAGGACCUUCUCAUGUUUUCUGAUUCUGCAUGAAGACAGACGAGCCCUAAGGUUUUCACGUUACUAAAGACUGAGGAAACCACACUUCCUGUUUGCAUGUGAACGUUCGGUUCAGUCCAAAUAUCUCUUGAUGGUCACACAAACUGAGCACUUCAAGCGUUUCUCUCUGAUUUUUAUGAUCUAUAUUCUCUCCUCUUAUAAAUACAAACUUUUGAAUCUCAAGUCUACCGGUACUGUAGUUUUAGUGAGUAUCACUGCUGGGUUUCACUAUCUAGUCUCUGUUUGGCUAGAAGAUUUUAGGAGAUCUCCUGCUGCGAACUCUUGUUCUCUUUUAUAAUAUGGAUCAGUGAGUCACAGUCCUGAGAACCUGAUCCUGGAUCAGUAUUAAAAAGCCAUUGGACCUCCAUCAUAAGCAUCAGUGUUGGUGGCUCAUGUGCUGUAUGUGUGUAGACAUUUCCUUCAUAUGAGUGUGUGUUUCAGGACUGAUGGGUUGGAUGAGGGUGAAAGGGUAAUGACCUCACAAAAAGCAUCACAAUACUGUAAUUUGGACAUGUACUAUGGUAAAUGAAUAUAAGAGACUUUUGAGGAUCGUAUAUGAAGGACUCAUGGCUUUACCGUCUGAUAUGUCUCAUCACCUCCUGCUCUGUGUGUGUGUGUGUGUGUGUGUCAGGCUGCUGGAAUAUUUUCUAAUAUGAGUUUUGACAUCAUCCUUGUGUGUUUUUCCUGCUGUAUGAUGAUGAUGAUGAUAAUGAUGACUUUGUGAUGAUGAACGUGUACGUCAAUAAAAUCAUUUCUA